AUGUCGGUGCCGGAGAAAAUGGGAAUGGAAAUAGGAAUGGGUUUUGGAGCAGACAAAAACUGGCACGUGGUCCGGUUGUGGAUUUCACCGCGAAAGCACGUACAUAAAUUGAAUCAAUUGAAACCGUUUGCACAGCUGCUACCGAUUAUGGAUCGAGUGAUAACCGAGCUAACGGCUGGAAAAGUGAAAGGCGUUCGGGGUACUCUUCCCGACGGAAAUCCGUACUACUGGUACAAGGGAAUUCCCUACGCUAAACCACCUGUAGGGGAGCUACGUUUUAAGCCACCGGUGCCACUUGAGAAAUUUGAAGAAGAUGUUCUGGAUUGCAGCUACGAGCGGAACGUCAGUCACGCCUUGAUGCAUUAUCCUCCAGCGGUAGCACAAGGUGAGGAUUGUCUGCACGCCAAUGUGUACACUACGCUGAGUCCUGAUGAGGUUCAUGAGGGUAAACUUCUUCCGGUUAUGGUUUGGAUUUAUGGAGGAGCGUUCAAUUGUGGCAGCGGUAAUUCGUCGCUCUACGAGCCUUCCUAUCUGGUUCAGGAAGGAGUUGUGGCAGUGACCUUCAACUAUCGCGUUGGACCUUUGGGAUUUUUGUGUCUACCUUCGGCGGGAAUCUACGGGAAUAUGGGUUUAAAGGAUCAGCGUCUACUUUUGAAAUGGGUGCACGAUAACAUCACUAGGUUUGGAGGAGAUCCUAGCAAUGUGACAGUUUUUGGGGAAAGUGCUGGUGCAGCUUCCACGCAUCUUCAAUAUUUAUCGAAGGAAUCUCGGAAAUAUUUCAAUCGUGUGAUAUGCCAAUCUGGAAUGGCCUUGAACAUUUGGGUGAAACAGCACGAGUGCGAAACUAAGGCACGAAAGCUGGCGAAACUGUUGGGAUGCAGUGAGGAAGACGAUGCUGCUGUUUAUAAAACAUUAAUGAGUGCUUCUGCCUCGGAACUAACAGCCCUCGCCGAACAUUGUAUGUCUUUGGAGGACAGUCGUCGUUUGAGGAUUUUCGCAUUCACCCCGGUUAUAGAAGUUGAAGAAGCAGACGAACCUUUCAUAACGGAAAACGUUCUCACUUUGAUGAAAAGUCCUAAUUUUACGGACAAACCCAUCAUUUAUGGCUUCACAAGCAAUGAAGCAGCCUCGAUGAUGGAUGUUAUGUUUCCUGUAAUCGAAUCAUUUUUCGAAGAUCCCACCAUGUACGUACCCGCGCAGCUAGAUGUUCCCGAUAAUCUGCGCUCGGAAGUCGGUGAAAAGAUCCAACGAUUUUACUUUAAAAAUCAGAAACCUUCUAAAGAAGACAUGCAAUCUCUAUUGGAUUUCAUUUCGGACGAGAUGUUUAUUAUUCCCAGCUACGUCUCAAGUGAACUUCAAGCGCGUUAUCAACACAGCGCACCACAAUUUUUCUACCAAUUCUCGUUCGAGGGUUCCCUAGCUUGUAUAAUGGACGCGUUCCCCUUCCCGUUUCCAUUCAAGCCGACCGGAGUGUGUCACAUCGAGGAUUGCUCGUAUCUUUUCAAGCACGAAUAUCUCGCAAUCGAUGAAGCCAAAGUGGACGAUCGUGCCAGAAAUUUUCGGGAAACGUUGUGCCGACUUUGGACAAACUUCGCCAAGUAUGGUCAUCCGACGCCAGCUUCCGAUGAUAGGUUGAAUUUCACCUGGGAACCGGUUAAACCUGUUGCAUCCGAUAACGUAGAGUUCGUUUUGCAUGCACUAGAUUUAGAUGAAAGUUUUAAAAUGAUAGAAGAACCGCUAGGCGAAAGGGUUAAGUUUUGGAAGCAAAUUUUCGCCGAAUAUGGUGGCAAGUUCUUAGAUCACUGCACCUUGAAAUAAAAACAAUAUUGAACUUCACUUUUUAAAUAAUUGAACACCUUGCAUAUUAUUUUUAAGUCGUCACCUUGAAAAACUUUUCAUUAAGUUUCGAUAGAAAUAAAUGUUAUCUUCAAAAUAAUGUUACAGAUUUCCGCCAAUUCAACAUCAGCUUCCAGAUGAUUUAAUUUAUUUUCAGGGUUUUAAAAAUUUGAUGAGAGCGCCGAUGUGGUCUAGUGGAAAGGCUGGCGCGAGUCUGGUUUUAGAAUGCCAGGCGUACCGGGUUCGAUUCCCGGUAUUUGCAAGGUUUUCAAAACUUUUGGAUUCGAAUCCCAUAAGUGGUUGUACUCCAUUUUUCCGAAAACCAUUGCCUAGAAUGAAAAAUUCCCAGAAUUUCAAUCACCAGAUACGCAUCGCGAAAAUCCGAGCUACUCGCACGCAAAGCUGGCAAAAUCGAAAACCGGAAGCCACUGAGACGACAAAGAGAGUUGCCGGUAGUUUUAAGCGAAACCCUAACCUGUCUCUCCGAGAUGCCGCAAAUAAGCUGGGUGUAUCGUAUAUAACCGUGCAUCGAGCCAAAAAACGAGCCGGACUAUCGACUUACAAGAAGAUAGUGACUCCAAGUCGCGAUGAUAAACAAAAUACGACGGCCAAAGCGCGAUCCCGGAGGCUGUACACGACGAUGCUGACGAAGUUUGACUGCGUGGUAAUGGACGACGAAACCUACGUCAAAGCCGACUACAAGCAGCUUCCGGGACAGGAGUUUUAUACGGCAAAAGGAAGGGGAAAGGUAGCAGACAUUUUCAAGCACAUGAAACUGUCAAAGUUCGCGAAGAAACAUCUGUACCUGUGGCUUGAAAAGCAGCAUUUUCAUAGCUUCCGGGACUGUCAACCAAGAAAGUUACGUGAAAGAGUGUUUUAAUAAACGUCUGCUGCCUUUUCUGAAGAAACACGGUUGUUCCGUACUGUUUUGGCCGGAUUUGGCAUCUUGCCAUUACGGUAAAAAGGCCAUGGAGUGGUACGCCGCCAACAACGUGCAGCCCAGCUAACAUGAAAUCGUAAUAGAAAUGAUAAUCCAAAUCGAAUAGUAAGAUAUUUUCAGUAACCAACGUAAACAAGUGGGCAUUGAGUGUUUUUCUAUAAUUCAUUAACGACAAUCUUUACCCAAAAAUAGUUGAGUCGGAUACCAGGUUAGUCAAUUCGUAAAUGUAUCUCCAAAAAGUUGAGAAUAUGCUAAUUCGACAUUUACGAUUUCAGGGAACUGAUUUACGAUUGGAACUAUCUGAUCUCUCCCUUUAUUCCUAUGACCGGUUCGUUAAAAAAAAAUCUCACCUAUAGAGCUCUAGCGUGGAUCAUAUUAACUGAUGAGUUGGCAUCGUGGUAAGAUACCGGACUGUGAACUCGGAGGCUGGAGUUCAAAUCUCGUUCGGGGAAAUUUUUUUUUUCGUUUUAUUCAAACAACUUAAAAUCCUUUAUUUUGCAUUUGGUGGGGCUUGUCAUUGUAGAUAUAUCGCCUCCACUUUUGUAGCUAUAUGCUGUUUUGGUAAGUUUAAUACAAUCUUUUCAUCUGGUAUAAUUGUAGGAAUAAUUAUGUUGUUCCUGCGAUAUACCUCCUUAAAUGUUUGCUGGGAGGUGGUUCCCAAGGACAAGAAUCCUCCCAAAACGCCAGAGCUCCGCCCAAUUGAGAAAUGCUGGGCUAUUGUCAAGCGGAACCUAAAGAAGACCAAAAACACUGCUAAAGACGAGCAGCAGUUCAAGGCAAACUGGCUUUCUGCGGCGAAGAAGGUGUACAAGGUGGCUGUACAAAAUCUGAUGGCAGUGGUUAAGCGCAGGGCCGU